CUCCGUGCCCCGCCCGGCUCGCUCACUCCCCGCCCCGCCUCGCCGGCCCAUCACGGCCCCUCCUGGUUCUGGCCUCUGCUGCCGCGCCCGUCUACCCUGACCAGGCCCCGCGGACGUGGAGCGAAGAGGUGGCAGCAAAUUACCAAAGAUGAGACUGACCUUAUCUGCACUUGAAACCUCUGAGAUUAUUUUCAAGCCUUUGGUAAUCCUAGAACUUGCCCGAGAUGUCAAAGAAGAGACCAAGAAGUGGUUGGAGAAAAAAAUUAAUGAUGAGAAGAAAAAUGGAGGUGCCCAGUUGCUGAUCAGACCCUUGGUGGAGAAGUGUGAAGAACAAACCUUGGAAAGUCAGAAUUUGUAUCUCAUUGGUGCCUCCCCGAUCAGGUUGUUGCUGGGUGCAGAGUCAGUGGGGUUAGUGAAGGAAUGCAAUGACGGCACCAUGAGAGUGUUCACCUAUGAAACCAGGCAGAACUUUAAAGGCUUCAGUGAUGAUAACCAUGACUUCCUUACAAUGGCUGAGUGUCAAUUUAUUAUCAAACACGAACUUGAAAAUCUUAGAGCCAGAGAUGAAAAAAUGAUCCCUGGAUACCCCCAGGCCAAGCUUUAUCCAGGAAAAUCGAUCUUGCGGAGAUUACUCACUUACGGCCUUGUGGCUCAGAUCUUCCCACUUCAUGAUAACGAGGCUCUGAAGAAGCUGGAGAGCUCUUGGUACAACCGAUUCAAGUGGAAGUAUCAGCCUUUGGACGCCAUCCGCAUGUACUUUGGAGAAACCAUCGCCCUUUACUUCGGCUUCUUGGAGUACUUCACUUUUGCCUUGAUCCCGAUGGCUGUCAUCGGGCUGCCCUACUAUGUGUUUGACUGGGAGGACUAUGACAAGUACGUGAUAUUCGCCUCCUUCAACCUGAUUUGGUCGACGGUGAUCUUGGAAGUCUGGAAGCGCGGCUGUGCCCUGAUGACCUACCGCUGGGGGACAUUGCUGAUGAAGCGGCAGUUUGAAGAGCCGCGGCCGGGCUUCCACGGCGUCCUGGGCGUCAACCCCGUCACCGGCCGUGAAGAGCCGCUGUACUCCAGCUUCAAGAGGCAGCUGCGGAUCUAUCUGGUCUCUUUGCCCUUUGUGUGCCUCUGCCUCUACUUCUCCCUUUACGUCAUGAUGAUUUACUUUGAUUUGGAGACGUGGGCUCAGGACGUGCACCGUGAGAGUAACUUUCCCGAGCUGACCAAUUUCCUGCUCUUCGUGCCCAGUAUCAUCUAUGCCAUCGUGAUUGAGAUCAUGAACCGCCUGUAUCGAUUCGCUGCAGAAUUUUUAACCUCCUGGGAGAAUCACAGGCUGGAGUCUGCCUAUCAAAAUCAUCUCGUUCUCAAGGUGCUGGUGUUCAACUUCCUAAACUGCUUCGCGUCGCUCUUCUACAUCGCUUUUGUGAUGAAGGAUAUGAAGCUUUUGCGACAGAGCUUGGCUACUCUGCUGAUCACUUCUCAGAUUCUGAACCAAAUUGUAGAAACCCUUCUUCCUUAUUGGCUCCAAAGGAGGUAUGGCUUACGGGUAAAGAAGAAGGUACAGGCGCUGAAAGCAGACGUGGAUAUUAGCCUGUAUGAGCAGAUCGUCCUGGAAAAAGAGAAGGGGACUUACCUGGGCACCUUUGAUGAUUACUUGGAGCUCUUCUUACAGUUUGGGUACGUGAGUCUCUUCUCAUGUGUCUACCCCUUAGCAGCGGCCUUUGCCGUUCUUAACAACUUCUCUGAAAUGAAUUCAGAUGCCUUAAAAAUGUGCAAGGUCUUCAAGCGGCCGUUUGCAGAGCCGUCAGCAAGCAUCGGUGUCUGGCAGUUGGCUUUUGAGACCAUGAGUGUUAUAUCAGUGGUGACCAACUGUGCGCUGAUUGGAAUGUCUCCACAAUUAAAUGCAGUUUUCCCAGAUUCAAAAACGGACCUUAUUCUGAUUGUGGUAGCCGUGGAGCACGCCCUUCUGGCGUUGAAGUUUGUCCUGGCGUUCGUCAUCCCUGAUAAGCCACGAGAGAUCCAGGUGAAGCUGGCCAAGCUGGAAUUUGAGUCUUUAGAAGCUCUCAAACAGCAGCACAUCAAACUGGUCGCUGAGUCGCUUAAGGAGGACGGGAAGGAAGAAGAGAAGAAGGCCCUUUAGGAGAGUCUGCCCACGAAUUCCUCUGGGGCCAUCACCAACGGUUACCUGAUUCUUGCAGAAUUGGCCCCUACAAUGGAACUCCCUAGGCCUCUACUCAGCUCUGUCUCAGAGGGCUGCCCCUGCCAGCCCACUCUAGCUUGGCGUGGGGUUUAACCAGCCUCCAGGCUCCGGCCAGCAUUUCUCUCCCCACAGGAUGCCCCCGAGCCCUCUCAGGACCACCCCCAGCUUCAGAAAUCACUGAGGUGACUGAAACCAGCAUCUAGCAAGCAGGUCUUCCUGCGCCUUUCCCUCCUGCACUGCUUUGGAGGAGGGGUCACUAUGCACCAGGGCCUGGCCCCACACUGGCUUCUCACUCCAUGUGGCCUGAUUUCUUUCCCUGCUGUUUCUGAUCAUCCAUUUUAUCUUACUCCAGAUCCACUGAUUUCACCCUUAGCCAGUCAAUGAACUUCCAACUCCACUCACUGUCCAUCGAGAUGCCUUGUGCUCUGUUGGCCCAGCGGAGCCCCUGGGAGCCCGUUUGGGCAGGUGGGAGUCUGCAGGACCGCAGGCUACUUAAUGAGAACAUCGGUCACUUGGUUUUCUAGUGGGCGACGCCCAACCUGGCCAAGGAGGAAUUAGGGUGGUGCCUCUUGCGAUACCUCACUGGUUCACCGCUGCAGUGCGUCCAUGGACUCUUACUGGUUAAAAUGAUAGUAACAGAACUAUUAAAGACAAAGAUGCAUGACUGUC